UGUGCUGGCCCGCGGAACCACGGGGAGAGAUCCUCUUUAACCAGCCAAGAUGAUCGCCGCCCAGCUGCUGGCCUAUUACUUCACAGAACUGAAGGAUGAUCAGGUCAAAAAGAUUGAUAAAUACCUGUAUGCCAUGCGACUCUCUGAUGAGACCCUGUUGGAUAUCAUGGCCCGCUUCAGGAGGGAGAUGCAGAAUGGGCUUUCCAGGGACUUUAAUCCAACGGCCACAGUCAAGAUGCUGCCUACAUUUGUGAGGUCUAUUCCUGAUGGCUCAGAGAAAGGGGAUUUCAUUGCAUUGGAUCUUGGUGGGUCUUACUUUCGCAUUCUGCGAGUUAAAGUCUCUCAUGAGAAAAAGCAAACAGUGCAAAUGGAGACGGAGAUUUAUGACACUCCAGAAGACAUCAUGCACGGCAGUGGAACACGGCUUUUUGACCAUGUUGCGGAAUGUUUAGGAGAUUUCAUGGAGAAACGAGAAAUCAAGGACAAGAAAUUACCUGUUGGCUUCACAUUUUCUUUCCCAUGUCGACAAUCCAAGCUAGAUGAGGGUUACCUGAUAACCUGGACGAAACGCUUCAAAGCAAGUGGCGUGGAGGGAGCUGAUGUGGUACAGUUACUCAACAAAGCAAUCAAGAAACGUGGGGAUUAUGAUGCGGACAUCAUGGCAGUGGUCAACGACACCGUUGGAACAAUGAUGACCUGUGGGUUCGAUGACCAGCGUUGUGAAGUUGGCAUAAUUAUCGGUACUGGCACAAAUGCCUGUUACAUGGAAGAAAUGAGACACAUUGAUCUGGUGGAAGGUGAUGAAGGGCGGAUGUGUAUCAACACCGAAUGGGGGGCCUUUGGAGAUGACGGCACGUUAGAAGACAUCCGGACUGAGUUUGACAGAGAGAUUGACCGGGGUUCUCUUAAUCCCGGGAAGCAACUAUUUGAGAAGAUGGUCAGUGGAAUGUACAUGGGUGAACUUGUCAGGCUUAUCCUUGUGAAAAUGGCAAAAGAAGGUCUAAUCUUUGAGGGGCGAAUCACUCCAGAGCUUUUAACCAAAGGAAAAUUUGAAACCAAGCAUGUUUCUGCCAUAGAGAAGAGCAAGGAAGGUUUGCAUAAAGCCAAAGAGAUAUUGACAUGUCUUGGGGUUGAGCCUUCCCAUGAAGACUGCAUUGCUGUCCAGCACGUGUGCACAAUCGUUUCUUUCCGCUCCGCAAACCUGGUGGCUGCUACUUUGGGGGCCAUCCUGAACCAGCUCCGGGACAACAAGGGAGUCGGCCGUCUCCGCACUACCGUGGGGGUUGAUGGCUCUCUUUACAAGAUGCACCCGCAAUACUCCAGGCGCCUGCACAAAACGGUGCGGCGCUUAGUGCCCGACUCGGACGUACGGUUUCUGCUGUCCGAGAGCGGCAGCGGGAAGGGUGCUGCCAUGGUGACGGCGGUCGCCUACAGGUUGUCCGAGCAGCAUCGGCUCAUCGGCGUCACCCUGGCUGAGUUCAAGCUCACAAACGAGCAGUUGCUGCAGGUGAAGAAGAGGAUGCGGAUGGAGAUAGAGGCCGGCCUGCGGAAGAAAUCUCACGACCACGCCAAAGUCAAGAUGCUGCCCACUUUUGUCCGCAGCACGCCAGAUGGGACAGAGAAUGGAGACUUUCUGGCUCUGGAUCUUGGAGGAACAAACUUUAGAGUUUUGCUUGUGAAGAUCCGAAGCGGUAAAAGGAGAAUGGUGGAGAUGCACAAUAAAAUAUAUGCAAUUCCCAUAGAGGUUAUGCAGGGGACUGGAGAAGAGCUCUUUGAUCACAUUGUUUCCUGCAUCUCGGAUUUCCUGGAUUACAUGGGAAUAAAAGGUGCACGAUUGCCUCUGGGCUUUACGUUUUCUUUUCCUUGCAAACAGACAAGUUUAGAUGCUGGCAUUCUUCUAAAUUGGACCAAGGGCUUUAAGGCUACUGACUGUGAAGGAGAAGAUGUUGUUAAUUUGCUAAGGGAAGGAAUUAAAAGAAGAGAGGAAUUUGACUUAGAUGUUGUGGCCGUGGUGAAUGAUACAGUUGGGACGAUGAUGACUUGUGCCUAUGAAGAUCCAAAUUGUGAAAUUGGACUUAUUGUGGGAACUGGCAGCAAUGCAUGCUAUAUGGAGGAAAUGAGAAACAUAGAGAUGGUAGAGGGAGACCAAGGAAGGAUGUGUGUGAACAUGGAGUGGGGUGCCUUUGGGGACAACGGAUGCCUAGAUGACAUAAGGACCAUCUAUGACAAAGCUGUUGAUGAAUACUCAUUGAACUGUGGCAAACAAAGGUAUGAGAAGAUGAUCAGUGGAAUGUACUUGGGGGAAAUUGUCCGCAACAUUUUGAUCGACUUCACAAAAAGAGGAUUCCUCUUCAGAGGUCAGAUUUCAGAAGCGCUGAAAACUAGGGGCAUUUUUGAAACCAAGUUCCUUUCCCAAAUUGAGAGUGACAGGUUAGCACUGCUUCAGGUUCGCACAAUUCUCCAACAACUUGGUCUGAACAGCACCUGCGACGACAGCAUCAUUGUCAAGGCGGUGUGUGGGGCAGUGUCGCGAAGGGCCGCCCAGGUGUGCGGAGCUGGAAUGGCAGCCGUGGUAGACAAAAUAAGAGAGAACCGAGGAUUAGAGCAUCUGGACAUAACUGUGGGGGUAGAUGGUACACUAUAUAAACUUCAUCCACACUUUUCAAAGGUCAUGCACCAAACUGUCAAGGAUCUGGCUCCCAAAUGCGACGUGACAUUCCUUCUUUCUGAAGAUGGCAGCGGCAAAGGGGCUGCCCUCAUCACCGCGGUGGGAUGUAGGCUCCGUGACGCUGAGCAUAACUGAACUCUGCAGCACGGGCCAAUUCUGCCUUCCUGAGCACUUUCUUGUAAAGCAGUGGUUCUGUAGUCUGAACUGGCGGGGCGAUGGGGGGGGACCCAGAAUCCCCUGCUUUAUGAAGAGUUGAAAAUAAAAUAGGAUACUGAAUAGAGUGUGCUGUUGUUGAUAAUAUCUCCCUCGUCUGCAUGUUUCUUUUUUUUUUCCUUCCCUUUUUGGUACAUUCCCCAUGUGUAGGUCAUUAAAAAAUGAUCUGUAAUUAAAACAGAGGUCAAAAGAAAGUUUAUAAAUUUAGGUCUAAAAUUACU